AUGGAGGCAAUUACCAUGGAAGCUAUCAUUCCAAAGGUAACCCUAAAUUCAGGAGACAAUUCUAGUAGGCAAUUACCUAUGCCAGUAAUAGGUUUUGGCACAGCGGCAUCUCCAAUGGCCGAUCACGAAACAACAAAAGCUGCCAUCCUAGUAGGAAUAGAAGCUGGUUACCGUCAUUUUGAUACCGCAGCUGCAUACCAAACCGAGAAGGCUGUUGGUGAAGCCAUAGUUGAAGCUAUAAACCUGGGUUUCAUAAAAUCUCGAGCCGAAGUUUUCAUUACCACCAAGUUAUGGUGUCGAAGUUGCGAACGGAGCCUCGUUGUACCUUCUCUUAAGAAUAGCCUCCAGAACUUACAAACGGAUUAUGUCAAUCUUUUCCUCAUACACUGGCCGGUGAGACUAAGUCAUGACGCAGGACGACCUCCAAUCACAAGGGAACAGAUUCUUGCAUUUGAUGCCAAAUCAGUUUGGGAGGAAAUGGAAGAAUGUCAUGAACUCGGACUCGCCAAAAACAUCGGUGUCAGUAACUUUUCAUCGAAGAAGCUCGAAGAAUUACUAGCUACUGCAAAAAUUCCGCCAGCGGUCGACCAAGUUGAACUUAGCCCAACUUGGCAUCAGAAGAAUUUGGUCCAGUAUUGCAAGGAAAAGGGUAUUCAUGUGACAGCUUAUUCGGCUUUAGGGGCUAAUGGAACAAGCUGGGGAAAUAAUCGAGUGGUUGAGAAUGACAUUUUGGGGGAAAUUGCGAAGGCUCGUGGAAAAACAACAGCGCAGAUUGCAUUGAGAUGGGUAUACGAGCUAGGUGUGAGCAUGGUGGUAAAGAGUUUUAACAAACAAAGGAUGACCCAAAACGUUCAAAUCUUUGACUUUGAGUUGACUGAAGAAGAAUCAAACAAAAUUAGCCAACUCCCGCAACACAAAGGUGUAAGCUUAUCUGCAGUAUAUGGUGACCAUGACAUACUCAAGGAGAUGGAAGCUGAGCUCUGAUUUCUUCUACACAACUGCUUGCUUGAUUCCAUUGUAGUGCACUACUCCCUCCGUUUCUAGAAAAGUGUUACUUUCAUUUUUUUCAUUUCAUCCUAAAAAUAGACCAAAUUGAAAAAGUGAAAGUAACACUUUUCCAGAAACGGAAAUAGUAUUUAAUUUUCCUUGUUGUUUUUGUUCUUCUUGUUGUUUUUAAUCUUUGUUAGCUAGACUCGGAGAAGGUUGUUGUUUGGUAGCCAAAUAAAGGAUCAAUCGUGUAUGUUGUUCAAUAAUAGCAAACAUA